ACUUUCUCUUUUGUUGCUAAUCCUAUUUAAUGGCCAAGUUAGAGAUUGAAAUUCAGACAAGGAUAAUGUUGAAGCCCUCAACUCCAACCCCGAAUCAUCUUCGGACCCUCAAGCUUUCAUUGUUCGAUGAGCUGGCUCCUCAUGCAUAUGUGCCAGUACUCUUCCACUACUUGCCAAGCAAUACUGAAGGAACAAUUACUGAAAGAUGUGAUAAGCUCCAAAAAUCUUUGGCCCAGACAUUAACCAAGUUUUUCCCUUUAGCAGGGAGACUUAUUGAAGGUGAAUUCUCAAUUCACUGCAAUGAUAAAGGCAUUGAGUAUGUUGAAACCAAAGCUAACGCGAAUCUUGCUGAGUUUCUCCACCAAGGACCCAACACGGAGCUUUUGAAUGAUUUUCUUCCAUGGCCUAGUACUGUUCCUCCAUACUCAGAUCUGCCAUCAACUCCAUUACUUGCUGUCCAAGUGAACCUAUUCAAUUGUGGAGGACUAGUCAUAGCGAUACAAAUUUCACACAUCGUAGCUGAUGCUUUCACUUUAGCAACAUUUCUCAAUGAAUGGGCGAACACUAGCCUUACAGGAACAGCAAAAGAUUGUCUCCCAAGCUUCGGUCACUUGUCAUCGCUCUUUCCAACAACACUGCGAUCAGGAACUCAAUUUUUACCACCCUCCAACAGAGGCCCUAAGACUAUCACGAGGAGGUUUGAGUUUGAUGCCUUGGCAAUAACUAAGCUAAAAAAUACAAUCGAAGAUUCAAGUGCCAUCAGGCCAACUAGAGUGGUAGUCGUUAUGUCGUUAAUAUGGAAGGUUCUUGUGGGAAUUUCCACCACCAAACAUGGACAUUCAAGGGACUCGUCUUUUGUAGUUCUUAUUAAUAUGAGGGGAAAAUCAAAUUUACCAUGUUUAGAGGAUGAUGCUCUAGGGAACUGUACGAUGUCUGGAAUUGCUAAUCUAGAGGCAGAAAAGGAGUUGAAUCAUGAGUUGGUAGGAAAUACAAUACGGGACACAUGUGCAGGCAUUGGUAAGGUGGCAAGCGUUGAUGAUAUUUCCUCUUUAGUUGUUAACAAUCACACAAAAGUUAAUGAGAAAUUUCUCCAAGGAGAGAAGAUGGACAUUUAUGUGUGCAGUAGUUGGUGUGGAUUCCCUUGGUAUAAAGUUAACUUUGGUUGGGGAAAGCCAUUCUGGGUGAGCUCCGUUAGCUUUGACGCUCUUGAAUUAAUCUGUCUGAUGGAUACCAAAAAUGGUGAUGGAAUAGAAGCAUGGGUUAGUUUGAAGGAGAAUGUCAUGGCUGAAUUCGAGAGAGAUGCUGAUAUUUUGACAUUUUGUUCUCCACUUUCAAAAUAG